GCGAGUAUAGGAGUUGUGGUCGGUCGGUCGGUCGGUAGGUAGUGAGAGCUGAAGUUGGGAGAGAAGAAUAUUAGCUUAUUAGCUUUAUAUAAGGGAGAAAGACAAAGACAAGAAAGAAAUGACUUGCCUGCGAGAUCGGGGGCAGGGCCUAUUUGAGCGGCGGUAGUGCCAGGAAUCAGACUGUGCAGAGCGAAUCGAGGUAGGUACACACACUGGAGGGUCUGGUGGGCGGCGAUUUGUGCAGUCGGAGUUGAGCAGAGAGAUGGCUAUGGAGCGGAGCUUGCUGUGUAUAGUCCUGGUGCUGACAUGCACGAUGGCGAUGGCGAUGGCGAUUUCUGAUGAUGUCAACGACGGUGAGCGGCCGAAAGGAAAUAACAUAAGGACUGUGACGGAUUACUCGGAGAAAACGUCGUGGCCUGAGGUGGUGGGGAUGACAGGUGAAGAGGCGAAGAGGAAGAUCCAAGAAGAGAGGCCGGAGCUGCUCACGUACGUUGUGCAUAAGAAAUCGGCAGUGAUUUUCGAUUACCGAUUUGACAGAGUACGCAUUGUUGUUGACGGCAAGUCGAAGGUUGUGAUCACGCCAUCGAUUGGGUAGAAGCAGUGGUUGCAUAUUAAACGGAAGAAGAAGAAGAAGACUAGGGAGUGAGUGAUUUUCAUCGCGUGAGAGCAUAAUAUGUGUAUCGUCAGGCAUUGCAGCGGAAUGUGAAGCAUUACGGUAG